AUGGACGCCAAACAGCUAUUGCCAGUCGCAACCGCGCACCCUUUCGCGUCGAUCACAGCCUUUUUGGCUGUUCUCAUCGGCCUCUAUACGUUCUACUACCGGAAAAUACAUCCUUUGGCCAGAUUCCCUGGCCCUUUUCUUGCGUCAGUUACCAACUUCUGGAGACUCCGGGAACUAUGGAACAUGCACCUACCGGAGACCCUAGUCGUUCUGCACGAGAAGUAUGGGGAUGUCGUCCGCAUUGGCCCCAACAUGCUUUCCUUCAGACAAGGGAGUGCCGUACCGAGGAUUUACAAGGCUGGCCGAACUUUGGCCAAGACAGCUUUUUAUGAUGGCUUCACUUCUUUCAAUCCCAAUUUGUUUGGAACUCGAGAUGAAGAGGUACACUCGAUGCGGCGACGGCAGAUGGCACACGCAUUCUCUUUGCAGUCGAUCAAAGAAAUGGAGCAGCACAUUGACGGUCACAUGCUUCAAUUCCGCAAUAACCUCGACGAGUACUCCCAGACUGGCCAAGUUUUCGACCUCAAGGACCUGAUAGCCUUCUUUGUCCUUGAUGUUCUAGGAGAUCUCGCCUUCCGCUGUCAAUUUGACUCGCAGGUCGAAAAGGACAUUUCGAAAUUGCCUCCCAUCAAUGACCACAUCUUUCUUGCUUGCCUGAUGGGCAUGAUUCCUGAUUUUAUGCCGCUCAUCAAAGCUAUCUCUCCAUGGAUCCCGAUUCCAUGGCUGCAACAGCUUCUCACAGCUAGACAAAAUCUCAAGACCCUUACCGCGCAGUGUGUGAGAAACCGAUUAGCUGACACUGGUGCUGCUCGAAAAGACCUCAUCACCAGUCUGAUCAACUCUGUAGACACGGAGACAGGCGCUAAGCUCACAGAGCUAGACAUACAAACAGAGGCAUUUGCGUUCAUUGUUGCUGGCUCCCAUACGACGUCCGGAACCCUUACUCUUCUCUUUUCUCACAUUCUUCAAAACCCGGCUGUACGUACCAAGGUGGUAGAGGAGGUCGAUGCAGCGGUUGAUGAUGUUGGUUCGGCCAUCGUGCCUAUCAAAGACCUUGAAGCAAAGCUUCCAUACGUCAUGGCUUGUCUAGAUGAAAACUUCCGGAUGAACUCUGUUUUCACUAUGCCCUUGGAGCGAGAAGUGACUGCCAAGGAAGGCUUCGAAAUCGAGGGCUACGUAGCUCCCAAGGGCACCGACCUGUUCAGCCUGAACCACGUUGUUCAUCAUAAUCCUGCCAUUUGGGGCAAAGACCACGAUGUUUUCAACCCCUCAAGAUUCUAUGAUCAAGAAGGGGAGAAGCUCCAGCGUUUCCUCAGCCCCUUUAGCAUGGGUCAUCGCAUGUGUAUCGGACGCAACAUGGCCAUGACGAACAUGCUCAAGCUUGUUGCAACAACAUUUAAAUGUUAUGAUCUUGAGGCGGUGGAGCCGAUGGAAGCUAUCUCUACUAUCAGCGUUGGAAUUUCGGAGAAAGAAGGUCCAUUGUUGUGUCGUGUUCGUAGAAGAUAG